AUGGCAGAUGCACAAUCGACUACCCCCACAGACACAAGCAAACCGCCAUUAACGAAGCCACCUUUGCCACCCCUCAAUUUGCAAUUUCCUUAUGGAGCUCAACCGGAUAUAAUUCGUGCAAACCAGAAAGAUGUUUACUAUCAAACAAUUUUACAAGAGCAAAUGACUCGAGUGGCUCAACAAUUUUUCGGUACUCGCCGACAGCAUCUGUGGCAAAAAGAGAUCAACACAAUCUCUGAUUUUUGUUACUAUGCGUUGACAACUUUGCUCGGCACACAAACACUUGGAGAAGAGUAUUGUGAAUUAGUUCAAAUUAGCGAUAGUAGUCAGACUUAUCCUCGCUUUUUUCGACGGUUUUCACUUGUAUUUAUUCAAACCUUAUUACCAUACAUUUAUACCCGCAGUAUUGCUGAGAUCAAGAAAAGGUCUCGGCAACAACAGCAGCAGCAGCAGCACGUUGUUGAUCCAGCAAAGACAUUUUCAGUAAGGCAGAGAGUUACUCAAUUUGUCAGAACCCAUAUGAAUUCCAUACAAGAAUUUUUUGUAAAGAACGUUCGGCCUGUGCAUUUGGCUAUCUUCUACUUCUUCGGAGCCUAUUAUAGUUUCUCAAAACGAUUCACAGGCAUCCGUUAUAUAUUCACCCGUCGAUUAGGAGCCCAUGAACAACGCGUGGGUUACGAGGUCUUGGGCGUUCUGAUCACGCUUCAGUUACUAAUUCAGGGUUUUAUAGCUGCCCGAAAACGUAUUCAAGCUGUACAGCGAGAAAAAGAACAAAUGAAAGCCUUACUUGAAGAUGCUGAAAAUCUUGAAAAAGAGAAGGCAGCACAAAAAGACGAGCUUGAGAUUGUUGAUGAAGAUGAUUUCGAUUUCAUGGACUCAAUUGAUGAAAAGGCUGCGCAAGAAGAAGAAGAAGAAGAAGAAAAAGAAGAAGAAUUAAGCUACGAACAGAUGCAAUUGUUGAAAUGUGCGCUUUGCUUAGAACAGCGUACAGUUACAACAACAACACCCUGUGGUCAUUUAUUUUGUUGGAACUGUAUCAUAGAAUGGUGUCAAAAUAAGCCGGAAUGUCCGUUAUGCCGCAGCAGUGUCAAUAUAUCUCAUCUGGUUCCUUUAAACAAUUUCUAG